AAAGCUUCCAUUCAGAUGUCACACCUCAGUCAGCAGAGAAUUUGUAGUGGGGAAAACCCCUUUGCCUGUAAGAUAUGUGGGAAAGUCUUCAGUCACAAAUCAACUCUCACUGAGCAUGAGCAUUUUCAUAAUAGAGAGAACGCUUUUGAAUGUAAUGAAUGUGGAAAAGCAUUCAGCCAAAAGCAGUAUGUAAUUAAACAUCAAAAUACCCAUACUGGAGAGAAGCUUUUUGAAUGUAAUGAAUGUGGAAAAUCCUUCAGCCAGAAGGAAAACCUUCUUACCCAUCAGAAAAUUCACACUGGAGAGAAACCUUUUGAGUGUAAGGAUUGUGGGAAAGCUUUCAUUCAGAAGUCGAACCUCAUCAGACACCAGAGAACUCACACAGGAGAGAAGCCCUUUGUAUGUAAGGAGUGUGGGAAAACCUUCAGUGGCAAGUCAAACCUUACUGAGCAUGAGAAAAUUCAUAUUGGAGAGAAACCCUUUAAGUGUAGUGAAUGUGGAACAGCUUUUGGUCAGAAGAAGUACCUCAUAAAACAUCAAAAUAUUCACACUGGAGAGAAACCCUAUGAAUGUAAUGAAUGUGGAAAAGCCUUCUCUCAGCGAACGUCACUUAUUGUACAUGUGAGAAUUCAUUCAGGUGAUAAGCCUUAUGAAUGCAAUGUAUGUGGAAAAGCCUUCUCUCAAAGUUCAUCUCUUACGGUGCAUGUGAGAAGCCAUACAGGUGAGAAACCCUAUGGUUGUAAUGAGUGUGGGAAAGCUUUCUCUCAAUUCUCAACCCUUGCUCUACAUUUGAGAAUACACACAGGUAAGAAGCCUUAUCAAUGUAGUGAAUGUGGGAAAGCUUUCAGCCAGAAAUCACACCAUAUUAGACACCAGAAAAUUCAUACUCGUUAA